GACAGCUCUGCAUCUCGCUUGUGCAAAUGGCCAUGUGGAUGUCGUCACGUACCUAGUAGAAAACAAGUGUAAGCUAAAUCUUUUGGACGGUGAUAACAGAACACCACUGAUGAAGGCAGUACAGUGCCAGCAGGAAAAAUGUGUGGCUGUUCUGCUGGAGCGUGGUGCGGACCCGAAUGUGGAAGAUGCUGAUGGCAACACUGCUCUUCACCUGGCUGUUCUAUCUCCUAAUACAAAGGUAGCGGGGCUGUUAAUUGAACACGAUGCCAAUCUUGAUGCCCAGAAUAAGGAGGGAUAUACUCCACUUUUCCUUGCUGUCUCCGAGCAUCACGAAGAGGUAGUCGAGUUUCUCCUUAGAAAAGGAGCUGAUGUGAAUGCUCGAGAUCACCAUGAAAGAAAUCCACUUAUGGCUGCUGCUUCUGGUGGGGACCAUAAUUUGGUAAAAGUUCUUCGUGAAUAUGGUGCUGAUGUUUCCCAUAAAGACAGUAAUGGACGGACAGCUGAGGAUUAUGCUGUUAUUUACGAUCAUCCUAGUCUUAGUCAACAACUGGCACAACACACAGACUGGGAAUGCACAGAAGCUUCUACAGGUGGUGCACAAGGCAUCACAAUACUCAACACUCCUCACCGGCCCAUAAUUUCUGGCUCUAUGUUGGGUGCACCUGCCAAGGACAGAG